AGGUAUUAAUGGAUGAAAUAUUUACCCGAUUAAUUUAAAACGUAAUUGUAACAAACAUCUGCGUGAUGAACUUGGCAAAUAAGAACAUUUGUUCCUGUUUUUGUUUUAUUUUGCAAAAUUUGAAGAAGCAAAAAGAAUGACAAACUGCCUUCACAACGCUUCCCUAAGUCAUGAACAUUAAAAAUUUGGAUGAUGUAAAAUACAGAAUUCAUAAAAUUAAAGUUUUAAACGAAAAUGAUAAGAAGGCAAAGGCAGUGUUGACCCGGGCCGCCGACCAGGUGAUGCCAAUUAUGAAGAAGAUGCGCUUUUCGGUUGAGUUACUGUCCGAGUUUUUACCUCGGAGCCCAAAAUUGCUAGGGCUAAACAUAGCGACUAAAUCUGAAAUUAAGAUACGUAUGAGGAAAAAAAGGGGAGGGGAGUUAUUUCACUUCAACGACAUCAUGGGGACGCUGCUGCACGAGCUGGCGCACAUAGUGCACAGCGGACAUGACAGGUCAUUUUACGAACUGUUAGACAAGCUAGUAUUGGAGUAUAAUCAACUGUACACCUUUGGAAAACUGGAAAAUCAAAUCAGUGGAGGGAAAAAAACAGGAGGAACUGAUUUCCGCAUAUGUAAGGGCAGCCCCAAAUUAAUGGCAGCACAGGCAGCUGAAAUGAGGCUACUUAAUAAUUUUAUGAAUAAAGAUGGGGAAAUAUUAAAUAUAUCCCUUGGAAGUUGCUUAACGCCAGAACAGUAUGAUAAUUUAUUUAAAAAUCGAAAAGAACGUGAUGAUAAAAUUUGUUCCAUUUCGAAUGAUAUCAUUGUGAUCGACCCGUCGAUGGAUUCGACUAGCCAUGAAAAUGGUGAAAGUGCAGAAACCUCGCAGAACACAAAAAAUAAUUUUAAACGAUCAAAUUCGUUGCAGGGAAGGAAUAAAGAUGUUUUCACUUUGAAUGCGGAUCGUGUAAAGGAGGAGGAACAGACACAUGUGCCUGCGCAGGAUGUGUGUAGGAAAUCGUCCAAGAUACCAGGAGGCAGCGACUGCGUGCACGUUUUGAAGGUCAAACGAGAUUGCAGCGGUGUGAAACGUCCUGAAAAUGAAAAUGGCUCGACCGCGUCUGAUAACGUGGGUAUUAGGAAGGGCAAAAAGAGAAAAGUUAUCAUUCUCGAUUAG